AUGUCCUCAUCUCAUCAACUAGUGCCUGCCGAAAGUUCACCUGCUCAAACUGCGCUUGAUCUUAUCGACCAACUGGCCAAUGUAACAUUACACGACAAUGUUAUUAUCUUGGAAGUUGAAAAUCUGCUCGACGGUUGGCCUACCUACGAGAUCAAUUUCACACCGAAAAAACCGGGACCGCUGAAACUCGUCAUUCGCCUUCUCGAUACCGUGAAACUUGUUAAACUAGAAGACUGUCCAGACAGCGAAGCCGAGGGUUUGUUGCCCGGAAAGCCAAAAGGGCGGGAGAGUACAUGUCCUCGAUCAGAAACUCAAGGCCAGAGGGACUUGGGAGAUCCAGAUAUUACAAUGGUAGACUUGGCGACUUACUCCAGCGGUCGUGUCAACGCAAAGCCCAUUCAGCUCUUGGGUCUUCGAGUUCUCAAAGAACCUCCCGUGCGCAAAGUCCCUGUCUCCUCCAGACGUCCAUUCCACGAUACAGAUUGGCCACCUCGCCGGCCUCGCAAAUUGAGACCCAUUUCUCCCGAUGAGCGCAUAACUGAACUUCACACCUUCAGAACCUUCUCUGCCGCUGUUGGUCCAUUGCCUCAGACGAAGCAUACCAUGUAACCCUUGCAUCCCAUUGUCUCUUUCGUUCGUUGUCGCACAAUCACG